GUAUUGCAGCAAAAGGAGGGCGGGCGUGGUCCAUUCGAGCAGCCUGGCCGGCCUCCUUCGCUUCCUUGCCGGCUUCAGUUUUUUUCCCCCGAUCUAACUGGUCGCCUCUCAUGGAUCUUUCUACCUCAAAGGCUUAGGCACCGGUGAACACUUGACCCAGAAUGUUAUGCAGGAAAAGACUAAAAUGCUGCCUUUGAGCUAUUGCGAGAGUUAUAGGCUAGGUCGCGUGUAACAGGCGAGCUAAUGCUAAUUCAGUGUUGUGAACGGGACAGCAUGACCAUUGUUUCAUACCUCAUUAAAAAAAUCAAUUAAUCACCUUUUUUUUAUGCUGUUAAGGACCAUAGGACACUGACAUGAAGAAGGUGACCAGCUUCCACAGAUUCAUGAACAGACGGCCUUCCGCUAACUGUCGCUACCAGCCCACCUGCUAUGAGCAUGCCGCUAACUGCUACACACACGCAUUCCUGAUCGCGCCAGCGCUGGCGGGCACGGCGCUGCUGCACCGGCUGUCGGCCGACGACUGGCACCGCCUGACAGCGUGGGUCUACGGCCUGGGCCUCAGCGCCCUAUUCCUCAUCUCCACCGUAUUCCACGUGGUCACCUGGAAGAGGAGUCACAUGAGGGAGGUGGAGCACUGCUUCCACAUGUGCGACCGGGUCGUCAUCUAUGUCUUCAUCGCUGCCUCCUACGCGCCCUGGUUGAACCUACGCGAGUUGGGCCCGGUGGCGUGCCACAUGCGCUGGCUGGUGUGGCUAAUGGCGGCCGGCGGGAUCUUCUACGUCUUCAACUAUCACGAAAAGUACAAGUUGCUGGAGCUGGCUUCAUACCUGACCAUGGGCUUCCUCCCUGCCUCCGUCGUCGCCUCCAUGAACUCGACGGAGGGGCUGGAGGAGCUGGCGUGCGGCGGCCUUCUCUACUGCGUGGGCGUGGUCUUCUUUAAGAGCGACGGCGUCAUUCCCUUUGCGCACGCCAUCUGGCACGUGCUGGUGGCGCUGGCGGCGGGCGUUCACUAUUACGCCAUCUGGAGGUACCUCUACCGAUCGCCGCCCGACCGCAACGCGUGCGGCUCCUGAGCACCCUGCCGCGCUACUGCUUCCCAACAAACACAAAACAAUCGUUUACCACAUUCCUACAAACACCAAAUGGCGCUUCGACGUCGACUUUUACAAAUACUCACAGUCAUUCCAGAUGCCCGGUGACCAAUCGCAUGGCGAAGGAAAAAAAAAAACACAUUGAUGGAUGACCACUCCCAUUGCGCUGUGAGCAGGUUGCGCUGACCGAGCAAAGGAAAGAAAGAAGAGAUUUCCCAGCUCUUUGUUUGUCUGGAUAUUUCAAAAUGGCCACUCCACAGGGCUGGCGAGCAAUCGCAUGCUGAGAAAAAUGUGCAGUGAUGGACACUCUAACCUUGGGCGGUUAAAAAAAAAAAAAAAUUCUGAGCCGUAUUGAUGUUUUCCAAAUGGCCAUUUCAGGGGCCGGCGACCAGUCACAGAGUGAGAUAACCAUUUUGAUUUGUUAGCAUGUUGUGCUAACUUGUUGCCUGCAGGUAGAAAAACAAACAAAACAAAUAUGGCUGAGGGAUUUUUAUGUUGUGAAAGUGCGGCGCCCCCUGUUGGCGUUUUUUCUGCAUUUCAAGAGAUUUUCAAUUUCUCCCCAUUUGAGCAUUUGGUCCAUAUUCUCCGAGUGCACUCCAUUGGCCGCACAGAAAUUCAGUUGUGAAAAAUACUACUAGUGUGCUAAGUUGUCUUCUGAUUGAGUGCAAAAUGUGUACCAGUACUGGGGGAAAUUAAAUGCACUAGUAGGAUAUGGAAGAAAUGCUCUAAUGGUUUUCUGAAAGUGUUAUUUGACAAGUGAUCGUUUUUUUUUUUUUGGGUCAUGUGGUUCCACUUCCUGUUUGGGCCAACGCCACUUCCUGUUUGUGUGUUUUGUUUUUUUUUUUGUACGUUCCUGGCCUUCCCGCUGCCGUCUUCUCUUUGUGGUGCUACAAUCUUCUCUUUCUCUUGCUGUCAAUAAAAAGCAUAUCAACAAG